AGUAUUACAGAAGUUACCUGACAGGGAAUUCGCGCGUUCUGUCUUCAUUUUUAUGUAGGCAGAUAUGAAUGUGGUGCUCUGUGAAGAAACCUACUCACUGGACCAGUGCUCCCACACACUCUGCAAAUCGAGUAUUCAGUGCACACUAUUACGCACUGUGUUGCCUGAGCCGAGUGUCAUUCAUUCUGGUGAAGGGGAGCUCACACUCCCCCCUUCGGCCCCUUCACCCCCUUCCCUCGCCCUGGGAUAGCUCACUUUGUUUUCCCUGGUUUUUGGUGGCUUUUGGUCGGAGCAGCGGUGGAUGAAAUCAGCAAAGCUCCGUUUUUCAUAUCUCCGCAUAUACCACGGAGUCACCAGAGGACACGCGCAUCACGACAGAGAUCAGAGCGAGGGAUUUUUUAUUUUUUAUCUUGAACAGGGGAGGCGAUUUAAAACAAGAAAUAGUGUCGAACAGCGGCGUUAUCACGGACGCUCCGCCUUAACAAGACUCCGGUUAAGUUUGGACGGAUUUUACGGCACAGGUGCGUUAAAGGAUUAAAAACAGGGAGUUGGCGGAUGGUUGUCAGUUUCGUCGAGAGGAGUCACUGCCUCUGCACAAGUCUCAGAUGAAGAUGAAGUCUGCGGGUGUCGUGGAUGGAGGCUUGUUCACAGAGAGCUAUUGUAACAUCUGCAAUGCCCAGCUCAUCUCCGAGUCCCAGCGCACCGCUCACUAUGAGAGUAAGAAACAUGCCAACAAGGUACGUUUGUUCUACAUGCUUCACCCUGAAGACGGAGGACCACCUUCCAAAAGACUGAGGCCAGAUAACCCAGACUGUGCAGAGACAGAGGUGGAUAGGAACAAGUGCUGUACCUUGUGUAACAUGUUCUUCACCUCUGCCAUUGUGGCCCAGUCCCACUACCAAGGCAAAACCCACGCCAAGAGAGUCCGCCUGGUGCUGGGGGAGACACCCAACCUACCUACAGCCAUGGCCAGCUCUACAAACACGGAUUCCGCCCCUUCCACUCCACUCCCCACAGAUGCUACUCCAUGCCCCCCUCCUCCCACUUCCCUGCCCUGGGCCAUGGUGGUGGUCGGCGGAAACGGCGGAAGAGAGGCCGGGAAGUACUGCUGCCUGUGUGGAGCAUGGUUCAACAACCCGUUGAUGGCCCAGCAACACUAUGAGGGCAAGAAACAUCGCAGGAACGCAGCCAGAGCACGCCUCCUGGAGCAGCUAGCGGGCAGUCUGGAUGCCACAGAGAGCACAGGGCUGCGCAGUAGUUACUCCUGCAGUGUCUGCAGUGUGGUCCUCAACUCCAUCGAGCAGUAUCAUGCACACGUCCAGGGCUCCAAGCACCAGAACAAGCUUCAGGAGAUGUGAAGUGGAUCCACUCGUGUCUUGAACAUAGUGGCACACAGACAGUAAAACGCGACCCGACCAGACCAGAAUGAACAAAGUUUGGGUCAGGUUUCGGAUCCUCAGACCCGAGUGGACCCAUGAAGACCUCUAAGGCGGAAUACAACAAACACCAAGAGACGGAUGGAAGGAGAGGUGCAGGAAGACACAUUAUGUUUGAGACAGAGGCUGAAGACAUAAAAAGGGCAAUGACAUACUGUAAGACUGAAAUAAAACUGAUAAAGGGCAGCAGACAGACAUAGCAAAAUGUAGUAAUGUAGAAAGAACUAGGACGCAUUGCCGACAGAAAGCAGCAAAACUGAAACGGAGAGAAAAUGUAGGUGAACCCAGACUGACAUCUGCAGGGCUUCAGGACGGGGAGGAUGGAUUGACAGGGAAUUGACAGACAGAGGGCAGUGAGAGGCAGACUGAGGUACCGAGGAGAUUUACAGGGGUAGUAAUGAAAGGUCGCCAGAUAGAAGGAGAGAGCAUCCCUCAUCCAUCUUAUCAUACACAUUUACAGCAAAUGGUUUGAGAAAAAAAAAAGAACUAAACACUGAAGUGUCACAAACUUUUCUCAAGAGGACAAAUUUCUAAGGUUCUAGUUUACACAGUCAUUUUUGUCCCUACACAUCUAACAUUUCUUAAGUUUCCAGUCCAGUAGUUCAUAAUAAAAUGUCUUCUGAUGUGCUGCACAUUAUUGCACAAGGUAUUCUUUUAUUCCAAAGUCCAAUUUCCAUCCAGAUGUUCGUAUUGUUACCCGUUACCUCCGCAAAGAAGGUAAUAUUUUUACUAACUUGCUUUUUUUUCCUAAAACUGUGCUGAUUAAGGGUGUCAACAGAUAUGACAUAUCUUCAGAACUUACUGAGCGACAUCUUGAAGAAAUUUGCCAUUACUGCAAUAUCUAUUUUUAAAUAACUUCCAAGUGUGAUUCCAAAUGUUAGGGGUAGUGUAGGUUUUCAUGGCCAAGCAAAGGCCUGGUAGGCCAUGGAGCAAGUUAAGUGAAGAUGACAGUGAAGAAAAAAAUCUUUAGGAAAGUUUAUAGUGUCUAUGGGUUGAGAAUUUUAGGCUGUUAUUGCAAAAGGAUUUUUCACAAAAUAUUAUUUGUGACUAUAUUUGUCCAAUUACUUUUGAACCUCUACACUUUGGGCACUGUGUGUUAAAGGGGCCAUAUUUCCCACACAGGUCUUUCUACACUGAUGUAAACCUUUGCAAAUUUAAGAUAAAGUUCUGUUUUUUAUUGUACUGUAGCAUAAAAAUGUCUUAUUUCAAACUGAACAGAAUCUAAAAACAUGUCCAAACCCUUACAGUCUAGUAUAUCUCUUUCUUACUGAACUGUUUUUGGAAAUGGCCAUUCUUUCUUUUUUUCCUUUAUCUAGAAUGUGUGUAAUUCCCUUGGUCAGCAUUUGUAGGAUUUCAGACUUGCAGUGUGCAAAAAGUGUGGAAAAGUCCAUGAGAGUCCAUAAGUGAUUUUACAGUGCAAAACCCCCGAGUCCUCACAGACGUAUUGCAAAUGCAAGCAAAUCUGUGAGAUUGAACACCAGUACUGGAAAUAAGUCUUUCCUGCUUUGUUGCACUGUUCUAUCGAUCCUCUGGGAAACACUGAACAAGACCAAAGGUUCCACCUCAUCAACUUCACUUCCUACAUUCACCCAGUCACUCAGGUGAAACACAAUACGGAUCCAUAAAUGUGUGUUAGACGCCACUGUCUUUCCUCCAUCUACUGUAUCUUACUCACAUACACAUACCCAACCCAUUUCUAUGUCAGUGCGCGUUACAUGUCAGUUUUUGCAACACAGAGUUAUCAAAUAAUGUCCUUGUCACACUGUAUUGCAAAGUGUCAUGUUUUCUGCUGAAGCUGGAGUGUAAACACACUGAGGCACAUAUUCACGUGUAUGAACACUGGCUGUAACUUAAAUAUGGGACUAGCUAACGUCUAAGACAUUUACAACUAAAAUGGCAUAAGGGACUAUGAAUGAAGGCUGCAUGUUUGUUCAUAUGUGUGCUUUAGUGUUGGUGCAGCCCCUGACAUGUGUGCACAGUAAAUACAUUAUAACCAAGUCUACUUUUAAGAACAAGCUGUAUAACCAUGGACAGUUGUGCUGCACAAAUGUCUUAUAUGUGUAUAGCCAUGUGUUUAUGUGCAUGCAUGUGUGUAAAUGUAGAAAUGUGUGUGAGUACUUAUGGAAACGAUGCUAUUGACAUUGUUCGGUGCCUAUCACUGGGUUGUUAAUAAGGUGGACACGGCUUUGUCAACGUAAUGUGAGAUCUUCCACCCUAACUCUACGUGAGUGUGUGUGUGUGUAUACAGUAUGUCUGUAUAUGUAAUUUUUUGUGGGAUGUGUGUGUGUCCUAGCUGAGCUUUGUCUUGUGUAAGGAGCUUUCCAGAAGAGAUGAAAGCAGGGCUGACAGCAGCAGGGGAUUGCGCUCUCACUGAAGAAACAUCCCUGAAAACUGUGUGUGGGCCUAUAUCCACAGUAUUUGCGUGUGUGUUAUGUCUGCCAAUAGUGCCAGCUUAUUUGCAUGUAGUUUUAUUAUUAUAUAGAUCCCUUCCUGUCUAGUCGUGUUAUUUUUAAUAGUCCACUGGCCCGAACCACAAAGGAUAUGAUGGCUUUUAUGCAACAGUUACUAGCUAAUGUAUAUUGUUUUGUCCAGCAAUACAGCACAUGCAUUAUAAAACUGAAUUAAACUUGAAAGAAAGAAAACAAAGCAACCAGUAAUGCACGGUUUCCUUGAUAGAAACUGUCAGCAUGGUUGGAUCUCUGACCAGCAACAUUGUGUGGCUUUAACUGGGAUAACAUAGCCUUUGCUUAUUGUUUUUAUUUGCAUAGUGUGUGUGAUUGUGUAUGAGUGUGUGAUUUUGAUGCCGAUGCUGAGGCCCCAAGGGUAUGAUGGUGAGGUCAGGGACAAUCCAUUUAGCCUGCUCACCCAGGUAAUUAUCCAGAGGACACAUACACACAAACUACAAUACAAUCUAAUGCACAUUUAAGAGGCAAAGGCACACACAGAGAGAGAGAGAGGGUGGGAACACAUGUGAGAGAUUGCAGUGCUUAGUGCAAAAUCUCAAAAUGCAAAUGGUUGAGCUAUUGGCCUAAUAGGCUUGCUACAUGUGUGUGCAUCCUCUCCCUGCUUGAGGCAAGGUGAGAGGCUAAUUUAGGGCUGUCACUGGUUAACUCGCCUCUCACAUGCUUCGUAUUGUCAGACACACACAAGGCAAUUGUCUCUGUCUUCCCUCAUGCCUUCCCAAAGAAGGGGGGGGGGGUGUUGUCAUGCCCAGAUCAUGACUCAAAGCUCUGCUACCUUAGCAACAGCUACUGCGAAGCUACGUUCAGACACACUCACGGUGCCAAGGUGACCUUCAUAUCCUCACAAACACUUCCCAAGUACAUCUCUCUUAUUGGCCCCUCUGUCUGCCCCACACUGUUUACACGCUAAUCCCCUCCUCUUGUUGUUCUUCCCUCACUCCUCACUGCAACCUGCCCCCUCCCUCUCAAGAUAACAAUACAGACUACCAUCUCUAUACCCUCCCUCUCCUCAGAGAGUUCAAAGUGUUAGACGAGUCCUGGCAAAGCAGAUGGGGUGUAGAGGCCACUGUUUUAACAGCCAUUAUUGGCAUAGGUGCUGACAGCUAGGGGGCCUGUGCAUUCCUCCUUCUUUCUCUCACUGUCUCAAUGCGCUAUUUAGGACAGUGGAGAAGUGGCAUUUUAACAAGGACUUCGUGAAAACGAUGAAAUCUGUUCUGCUGUUUGGGGGAUGUGUUUUCACUCCAGAGUCAGACCGAUGGCCACAUGUGCGAAUUAAUCAUCUUAGUCUUAGUUUAUGUGUGUCUGAUUUAGUUUCUCUCUGAAAAAAGGCUAAAUCAGACAAUGGUAUUCUUACACUGAGGAGAAAGCACUUCAAAACUCCAGCAAGGAACAAAGGUAAAAAGCACCUCAAACUAACAGGAGGAACAAUUAUGCAAAAAGCUGCAGAGAUGAAUGAAGUACUGUAUUACUUGUGCAUUGUUGUGGGGAUUACUGUUGUGACAUUCAGGCAAGUGAAUAAUGAGACCAGCUCUGAAUGCUAAUUAGAAUUUUUUAUUUCCAAACAUACUUUGCAAAGAUCUCCUGGGUUAGACUAGUGGUUAGGACGCGGCGCUUUCACCGAUGCAGCCCGGGUUCGAGUCAGGGUUGCAUCAGGAAGGGUAUCUGGCAUAAAACAUGUAUUGUCAUCAUGACAACAAUCAGAGGCUCUAGAUAAAGCACAGAAAAGUAACUAUUGCACCCUAAAAUGUGAGAGAUUAUGCCUUUAUCUUCCUCCUUUGUUUUAAUUUGGGGAACAGCUAGAUAGAAAUCAAAGCAGACAGCUUAAAGAGUGUGACACAAUCACUGGCUGAUGCUUCACAUACAGUAGAGUAAAGCAGUCGUUCCUAUUGAAAGGAAACCCAGUGAUGUGGCAUUACAUCUCUGCACAUUUGUCCCAUUAUGUUACUAUAUCUACAAAGACUUUGCUUAUUUUGCUAAGUACACUAUAUUAAGAAUGGCAUCAGACAUGGAUUUAUUGGUAAAUGAGACUGAGCGUGACAGCAACUGAGUAUCUUUCUCCCCAGCAGACUUCAUGUUCCCUGUGGUUAAAGAGGCCUGUCUUGUUGGAUCUGCCCGUGUCAGGAGCAAAACGAGACUAACACAUUCUUCCCUGUGGUUUG